GCGUGGCCGCGAUGGCGUCGCCCUUCAGCGGGGCGCUCCAGCUGACGGAUCUGGAUGAUUUCAUAGGGCCGUCGCAGGACUGCAUCAAGCCUGUGAAGGUGGACCGGCGGCCGGGGAGUGGCGUGGCCAAGAUCCACAUCGAGGACGACGGAUCCUACUUCCAAGUUAGCCAUGACGGCGGGACACGCAAGCUGGAGAAAGCCAAGAUCUCACUCAACGACUGCCUGGCGUGCAGUGGCUGUGUCACCUCCGCGGAGAGCGUGCUUAUCAGCCAGCAGAGCCACGGAGAGCUCCGGAAGGUUCUUCGCGAGAACGGGGCAGCCGCGCCCGGCCAACAGAAGCUCGUGGUAGCCUCCGUGUCCCCACAGUCAGUGGCUUCCCUGGCUGCGAGAUUUCAGCUGAAGCCGACAGACACUGCCAGGAAGUUAACUGCUUUCUUUAAAAAGAUAGGGGUGCACCGUGUGUUCGACACUGCCUUCUCACGGAACUUCAGCCUCCUGGAGAGCCAGCGGGAGUUUGUGCGCCGCUACCGUAGCCAGCCCGACACCAGACAGGCCCUGCCUGUGCUGGCCGCCACCUGCCCAGGCUGGAUCUGUUAUGCUGAGAAGACGCACGGCAACCUCGUCCUCCCCCAUCUCAGCACGGCCCGCUCCCCGCAGCAGGUCAUGGGUGCCCUGGUCAAGGACUUCCUGGCCCAGCACCAGCACCUGCGGCCCGACCAGGUGUACCACGUGACGGUGAUGCCCUGCUACGACAAGAAGCUGGAGGCGUCCCGACCGGACUUUGUCAACCAGGAGCUCCAGACGCGGGACGUGGACUGCGUCAUCACCACAGGCGAGGUAACCAAGCUGCUGGAGGAGGAGGGGGUCUCACUCCCGGACUUGGAGCCGGCCCCCCUGGAUGCGCUGCCCAGCUGCCCACCUGUGGAGGAGCCCACCAGCCAUCGGGGUGGGGGAUCAGGGGGCUACCUGGAGCACGUGUUCCGGCAUGCAGCCCGGGAGCUUUUUGGGAUCCACGUGGCUGAGGUCACUUACAAACCCCUGAGGAACAAGGACUUCCGGGAGGUGACGCUGGAGCGCGAUGGCCAGGUCCUGCUGCACUUCGCUGCCGCCUACGGCUUCAGAAACAUCCAGAACCUGGUGCAGAAGCUCAAGCGCGGCCGCUGCCCGUACCACUACGUGGAGGUCAUGGCCUGCCCCUCAGGCUGCCUGAAUGGCGGGGGGCAGCUGAGGGCCCCCGACACCCAGGACAAGGAGCUGCUGCAGCAGGUGGAGCGGCUGUACGGGGAGGUCAGGACACAGGCGCCCGAGGACGCACCAGGGGUCCGGGAGCUGUAUGAGCACUGGCUGCAAGGUGAGAGCUCGGACAAGGCGGCCCGCCUGCUGCACACGCAGUACCACGCUGUGGAGAAAGCCAGCUCUGGCUUCAGCAUCAAGUGGUAGGGCCUGGUCAGCAGGGCCUCUGUCCACAGGGCUGCAGGCCACACGGUCCACAAUACCCUCAUGGCCACAGGGACUCGGCCCAGACAGGGCUUCAGGUCUCGUGGAAACACAGAUGACGGCUGACCCCACGCCCGCUGCAAGGCUCCAAAAAUGCCCUCAGUGAGGACCCGGGCCUGUGACUAGGCCCCUUGCUCCUCCUUGGAGCGGGAGGAAGUCGCUCCUGUGACAGAAGCCAUGGUCCUGUGCCAAUCAAUGGGGGUCUGCUGAGCAGGCAAAGGCAGCCAGCCCUGCCAGCCACGGGCCCAGACUCGUACAGCAGGGUGCAGGCUUGGGCUGGACCUGUCCCCACGGGGGAGUCUCUUCUUAUCGUGCCAAUAAAGGGCCUGUGUGUCCUACA